AUGCCUUCCAUUCAGGAUCAAGGAAGUAGCACACCUACCAUUGAGGGUCCCGAACAAGCUCGAGAGUCCAAGAAACUUAUCCUCUGUUUCGAUGGCACCGGCAACACUUACACUGGAUCCAAUUCUGAUACCAACGUAGUCAAGAUCUUGCAUAAGCUAGACCGUAACGACCCUCAGCAAUACCAUUAUUAUCAAACCGGAAUCGGUACGUAUGAUAUCAAUGAGACGACUGUCAACAAGACCUGGCUCGGUGAGCUGCGAAGCUCUAUCUCGCAAACCAUCGACCAGGGUAUUGGUACGACUUUUGAUGCCCAUGUCAUGGCUGGGUACAGAUUCUUGAUGCGAUACUAUGACCCUGGGGACAAGAUCUACAUGUUUGGAUUUAGUCGAGGUGCUUUCACGGCCAAAUUUCUAGCACGUAUGAUCAAUACCGUAGGAUUACUCUGUAAAGGAAACGAGGAAAUGGUGACCUUUGCAUACCGGCUCUACCAACGCUACUUAGAAGGCGAGAUUGACAAUGUCGACCUUGCGCGCUCUAAGAAAGGCAAGAAACAGGCCGCGAAAGUCGACACAGGACUAACUGAGACACAACCGGUACUAGACGAGCAGAACGGCGAGCAAAACGGCCACGACGAACAAAACGGUCAUGAUAAUCAGAACGAGGACAACGACAAAGACAAACACCAUGGCCACAAGUACAAGCGGGCCAAGGACGAGAUCACCGCGUUCAGUAAUACGUUCUGCCGGAAAGAAAAAGUCACGAAAGAAAACGGGAAGACCAAAGAACAUAACAUCAAGGUCUACUUCCUCGGGAUCUGGGACUGCGUGAACUCAGUCGCGAUCCUUGAGCGCAAAGCUCCUAUGCCAGUCCCGGUAAAGGGAACAGCGCACUUCGUGCGGCACGCCGUGGCCGUCGACGAGCGCCGCGUCAAGUUCAAAGCCGCGCUCCUAGCCCAGGACAUCCGGGCCUCGACAAAGCAGGACGAGGACAUCAAGGAGGUCUGGUUCCCGGGAUGCCACGGAGACGUGGGCGGUGGUUGGCCGGCGUCGGCUGAGCACCCGCUUGACACCGGCAAGCAGAUGACCAUCUGGCAGCGCGUCAAGAAUUUCUGGACGACGCGCAAGUCCAAGGAUCCUACUAUGGACAUUAGAUCUGACCCCUUCCAGAUGAGUGAUAUCCCGCUCGCUUGGAUGAUCCGCGAGGUCGAGCUCGUGGGCCAGAUGGAUCCGUCGGCGGCAGUCAAGUGGUGCAAGAAUCUCCAGGGAUUCAAGAAACGGUUUGGGGAGAGAAAAGAGCAAGCGUUGAAGGGGUUCAUACAUGACUCCCUCUCAUACGGCUAUGGCUCAGGAUUCGCCACCGUUUUGCUCUGGAAGUUUAUGGAAUGGCUCCCGCUCAUCACGCGCUGGGAACUCUUCCACAGACAUAACGAGUGGCGGAACAUCCGCUUCCCGCUAAACGCGGGUUCCACGCGUGACAUACCGCCAGAUGCCGUCCUGCACGAAUCGCUGAUCUGGCGACUGAAUAAUGACGCUUCCUACCAACCGCGGAACAACCACGGCGACAACCUACCAGCAUGCCUUAAGCAUAACGGACAAAUUGCCGACUUCGAACCUAUCGUCGAGGUUCAGGAAUUUCCGGGAUCCGAUGACCAUAAGAUUUACAGAUUCGCGAAGCCGAAUGUUAGCAAUGGUGUUUGA